AGGUGAGUGCGUCAGUAAGUCAAACAUGUUCCAGUAACAGGCUAUAUUAUCUGCUGUUAUUUGCAGUUUGCUGUAACCAGGCACCAGACUGAGCUUGAACACAAACCUGCAGCGCUUUUCUUGUUUCUCUGCUCAUACAAACAUGAAAAAUAAGAAGGAAUGACAUCUGAACACGAGCUGGCACAAAAGAGGAAUCCAACUGUUACCUUUGCUGUUGGAAAGCAUCAUGCCGAUAGCAACAAAUUCAUCUAAAUCUCAGGUCUGAGGAGAAAAAGAAUGGCUGGAUGUGUAAGAAACCCAAGAAUGGAAAAUCGGCUGGGAUUAUAUGUGAGGAUGCUGGCCAUGAGCGUACUCCUGGGAGCUGAUCUGAGCUGUCUUGGACUGAAAGAUAAGUUUGGGGUCAAUGCCCAGGCUAAUGAGAGAAGGGUAUUGGCUUAUAUCCCUGGUGAUAUCAUCAUAGGAGCACUCUUCUCUGUCCACCACCAACCGCCCGCUGACAAGGUCCAUGAAAGAAAGUGUGGCGCGGUGAGGGAGCAGUAUGGGAUUCAGAGAGUGGAAGCUAUGAUGCACACUCUGGAUCGAAUCAAUGCUGACCCCAUGAUUCUCCCCAACAUCACCCUGGGGUGUGAGAUCAGGGAUUCCUGCUGGCACUCUGCAGUGGCCCUGGAGCAGAGCAUUGAAUUCAUUCGGGAUACACUGGUGUCCAGUGAGGAUGAGGACUCUCAGAGUCGGUGCAUUGCAGAGACGGGGAGCUUGAUGCUGCAGGGGAAGAAACCCAUUGUGGGACUGAUUGGACCAGGAUCCAGCUCUGUGGCCAUCCAGGUCCAAAAUCUCCUCCAGCUUUUCAACAUCCCGCAGAUUGCCUACUCAGCCACCAGCAUGGAUCUCAGUGACAAGAGUUUGUACAAAUAUUUCAUGAGAGUGGUGCCAUCAGACAUGCAACAGGCAAGAGCAAUGGUGGAUAUUGUGAAGAGAUACAACUGGAGCUACGUGUCAGCAAUACACACAGAAGGUAACUAUGGUGAGAGUGGCAUGGAAGCCUUUAAAGACAUGGCAGCGAAGGAGGGCAUCUGCAUUGCUCACUCUGAUAAGAUCUACAGCAACGCUGGGGAACGGAGCUUCGACAAACUUCUGCAGAAACUACGCGGUCACUUGCCUAAAGCCAGGGUGGUGGCCUGCUUCUGCGAGGGCAUGACAGUCCGAGGCAUUCUGAUGGCUAUGAGACGACAGCGUCUGGUUGGAGAGUUUCUGCUGGUUGGAAGUGAUGGCUGGGCGGACAGACAUGAUGUCACUGAUGGCUACCAAAAGGAGGCAGCUGGAGGCAUCACUAUAAAGCUCAAAUCGGCACAUGUGACCUGGUUUGAUGAUUACUACCUUAGUCUUAAGCCCAACGUAAACCUGAGGAACCCCUGGUUCCCAGAGUUCUGGCAGUAUCGGUUCCAGUGCAGGUUGAAAGGACACCCACAGGAGAACACUAUGUACAACCGCACCUGCACCUGGAGAGAAUCCCUGCGCCAACACUAUACCCAAGACACUAAGAUGGGUUUUGUCAUAAAUGCCAUCUAUUCCAUGGCCUAUGGUCUACAUACUAUGCAGCUAGCCCUUUGCCCAGGAUAUAAGGGUUUGUGCAGUGCCAUGCAGCCCAUUGAUGGUGGUAUGCUGCUAGAUUUUCUGAUGAAAACUAACUUCACUGGUGUAUCUGGUGAGACAAUCCACUUUGACCAGAACGGGGACUCGCCUGGCAGGUAUGAAAUCAUGAACUUCAAGCACAUAGGUGAGGAUGAGUAUGAUUACAUCCAUGUGGGAAGCUGGGAUCAGGGCGGCUUAAAGAUGAAUGAUGAGGAAAUCUGGAGUAACAGCAGUGACAUCAUCCAGUCAGUGUGCUCUGAGCCCUGCCAGAAAGCACAAAUCAAGGUGAUCCGCAAAGGAGAGGUGAGCUGCUGCUGGACCUGCACUCCCUGCAAGGAAAACGAGUUUGUGUUUGAUGAGUACACUUGCAGAGCCUGUGUACUGGGUUUCUGGCCUACAGACGACCUCACCGGUUGUGAGCCAAUUGCGGUGCAGUAUGUGCGAUGGGGGGAUCCUGAGCCCAUUGCUGCAGUAGUCUUCGCCUGCUUGGGCCUCAUGGCCACACUUUUUGUCACAUCUGUUUUUGUCAAGUUUUGGGACACUCCCGUGGUGAAGUCAUCCAGUCGUGAGCUGUGCUACAUCAUCCUGGCUGGAAUAUGUCUUGGCUACCUGUGUACCUUCAGUCUUAUCGCGAAGCCACACAUCAUUUACUGCUACCUCCAAAGGCUGGGAAUAGGCCUGUCUCCUGCCAUGAGCUACUCUGCUCUGGUCACAAAGACGAAUCGUAUUGCACGGAUCCUGGCAGGCAGCAAGAAGAAGAUCUGCACCAAGAAGCCACGCUUUAUGUCCGCCUGCGCACAACUGGUCAUCGCCUUCCUACUCAUACUGCUGCAGCUAGGAAUUAUUGUGGCGCUCCUUAUCAUUGAGCCACCGCAGGUUGUCUAUGAUUAUCCAAGUAUCCGCGAGGUACACUUGAUCUGUAACCUGACCACUCUGGGGGUGGUGGCGCCGCUGGGCUAUAAUGGAUUGUUGAUCCUCAGCUGCACCUUCUAUGCCUUCAAGACCCGUAAUGUUCCAGCUAAUUUUAACGAGGCUAAGUAUAUCGCAUUCACCAUGUAUACCACCUGUAUCAUCUGGCUGGCGUUUGUUCCCAUUUACUUUGGUUCCAAUUACAAGAUUAUAACCAUGUGCUUCAGUGUCAGCCUCAGUGCCACGGUGGCGCUAUGCUGCAUGUUUGUCCCAAAGGUAUACAUCAUGCUUGCAAAGCCUGAAAAGAACGUCCGUAGUGCCUUCACAACUUCCACUGCGGUACGGAUGCAUGUAGUUGAUGCCAAAAAAGCUGCAAAGUCUAAAUCUUCGAGCAGUAUGGCCAACCUGUUUCGACGCCGAGGGUCAGUGCAGGAAAAUGUCAGUUCCAAUGGGACAUGGGCACAGAAUGAGCGUAGCUACAGACCAAACCUCUGGAAGAGGAUGUCAUUCCAUGUCAAGAAGAAGGACGCAGGAGAGGCGAACCAAACAGCCAUAAUCAAGCCUUUUUCAAAAGGAGAUACAGCUAUAGUCACUGAUGACAAAGAGGAAUAUGACGUGUCUCAGCCAUUCUCCUACUCUCCUUCUCCAUCACUUCUGUCCAGUGUUAACAGGCAUAUGGUGAAGACCAGGGGUUACCAGGAGAGAGAUGAUGGACAGGAAGCACCCAACUAUGUAUCCGAGCACACCGUUGUGGUCAGGAGACGGGAUGCAGACAACAGCUUUGGCAUUGGCACAGCUGAUGGCGCGGACAUUAGCGCCAUCGCUGUUGGUGACAUCGGCAUUGGCAUAUUAGGUGCUCAGGCUCAGUGCACCACCAUUAUGGACCAAAUCAGCUGUGUGGUUAACCGUUUCUCUGCCAACAUCAGUGAGCUCAACACUAUGAUGCUGCCUGGGGAAGCUACCGCCAACCCCUCCUCCAGAGCCCACGUUGUGUCCCAAGCUGCGGACACAGCAUCCUGUUCACCUCAGUACAUCACCUCCAGGAGCAGGCACGCUCCCUCCACGGUCACAACGUAUGCUGAGGUCACAGCCGUCUCCAGCUUCUGCAAAAAUCCACCAGUAGGGAAGAUUUAUGAGCUUAUGGGCUCCGCAUGUGCGAGUGGCAGACGACCCAAAGACACGGAGAUGCUGGUUGCCCUGACGCCUCCUUCCCCAUUUAGAGACUUGUCCUUGGUCUCCAACAGCGUCACGCCUCCCUCACUGUCCCUGACCUCUGAGGCUGAAUAUGAUCAGCUGCUUCCAAGACAUUACAGCCAGAGCUCCUCCUCUCUCUGAAAUGACUUUUUUUGGUCUUUCUUUGUCUUUGCUGUGUUUUAAUUUCAGAAAAACAAAAAUAUUUGGUUGCCUUUCUUGAUAUUUGUACUGUAAAUAUUCAAACAAUAUUGGAUUUCUUGUUUGCCUUUAAAGGAGCCACAGUGUGCA